AUAACAAAGGAUUGCUAACUGGUGAAGUGUACACUCAUAAGCAUAGUCUGCCUCAUGCAAUAAUGGAGGUGAUAAAACCUAUUUUCAGAGACUUAGCAGCACCUGAACUGUUGAAAAAGUGUAUUCACGGAAAAACUCAAAACCCCAAUGAAAGUGUAAAUAGUGUUAUAUGGUCGAGAAUCCCCAAGACUGUAUUUGUUGGAAUAGAAACACUUCACUUUGGUGUGUAUGAUGCUGUUGCGACUUUCAAUGAUGGCAACAUUGUAAGGUGCAAGGUAUUUAGAAACAUGGGAAUGAAGAUAGGUUCUAACAUGGUACGAGCGAUGCUUGCUUUAGACAAGGAACGCCUUCGGGCUGCAGACAGGGCUGUAAAGAGUCUAGAAAUACAAGCAAGAGUAAACAGGAGGAGGAACAAGAGGAAGCUGGAGGAGGAGUUUGCAGAGGAUGAAGAUAAUCCAUCCUACGGACCUGGAAUGCACUAAAAAGUUAAUCCAAUCUUUGUCGCUCGAUUCCCAAAACUUUUAUUUUCUCAUACUAAUUACAUGUUUUCUAAGGAUCUUCCAAAC